AUGGACUCGGAAGGUGAAUUACAAUACGAUGGUCAUUUAGAUCACCCAUUAGUAGCCCCUAAGCAGAUAAACAUUACACCUGUAAGGAAUGUUGUUCAACCGGUUGUGAUGAAAGGUGUUCAGCCGAUUAGUGUAUCGCUGGUCAAAACAAACCAGAUAAAGAAACAAAUAAAAGACUGGAAAAAGAAAGAUAAGAUGUUUGUGUCUACAAGAGCCAGUGAUUAUGUCACGAAACAGUUACAGGACAACAGUUGUUUGACAUUAACCGCCCCAUCAGGAGUUGGAAAAUCAUUUAUUGCAAGACAUACAGCACUUGUAUUGAAAAAGGAAGGAUACAAUAUAAUACCAGUGGAAUUACCAUCAGACAUUAAAACUUACUAUCAGCCUGGUAAACAUACAGUCUUCAUUGUAGAUGAUAUUUGUGGAAAUUUCACUGUGGACCAACAACAGAUUGAGAACUGGAAACAAUUGUUACCUGUGAUUAACAGAGUUAUUGAAGACAAAUGUUGUAAGAUUGUAUCAUGUAGAUUACAAGUGUAUAAAGAUGAUAAGUUUAAUAUAUUAUUGCCUUUUAAAUCAUGUGCAUGUAACUUAAUAUCAAAUAAGUUAUGCCUCACAUCUGUAGAAAACAAGAAAAUAGCAAAAAGAUAUGGGAUCUAUAUAAGCGUAAGGGAAAUUGAUGAGUUUUUACAAAAUAGUGAGUUCUUCCCUCUUUUAUGCUCUCUAUAUCAUCCGUUCAUUGUCUAUCAGAUUGAACUAGAUAGUUUAAGUAGACAUGGUGAUGAAGGGAAUUAUAAGAUAUGCAGUCUUGUUUUAUUACUUCUCUUUAAUAAUAAACUGGAAAAAAAAUGGUUCCAGGGUAGAGUUACAUAUAAACAGCGACAAAUCAUAGAAGAUACUUGUGGAGCCUGUCGAUUAAACAGAAGUACUUCCAAGGUAGAACUGAAAGAGGCCUUACACACUCUAGAUGGCACAAUUGUAUGUAAAACGAACGGUAUUUUUAGAACUCUACAUGAUACACUUUUUGACUUUCUUGCAUAUUACUUUGGUCAGAAAAUGAUUGAAUGUUUAAUAGACCAUGGUGAUGAUGAGUUGGUAUAUGAACGUUUCAUUUGGCUGAAAUCACCAGAUGACAAGAAAAGCAACAUAGACUUUAUAAUUGAAAUACCAAAUGAUUAUUUACCAUCAUAUUUUGAGAGGUAUAUUAGGGACUGGUCAGCAGGAAAGGUAACAUCUGUCUUCAGUAACAAUAAUAUGAAAGUAUUAUCAUUCAGGCAACUUUUUUUACAGUACUUACUACAACUUGAUAAAUCACAACAAGUUACAUUAGCCAAUACAAAGGAUACAUUGUUACCAAGAUGGAGCAAAGGAUCAGGUAAUACCCCAUUGAUAAUUAGUUGUUAUUAUGGUUAUACUGAUAUGAUACAGAGGUUGUUACACACUGAUGUGGAUUUAAAUCAGUGUAGAAAUGAUGGGUGUAGUGGACUAUACAUGGCAACUUCUAAAGGACAUACCCAUAUAGUAAGGUUACUAUUAGAGAGGAAUACUAAUGUUAAUAUAUGUUACAAGACAGGCUGUAGUCCUCUAAACAUGGCAUUUAAAAAAGGACAUACUGAUAUAGUAAGGUUACUUUUAGAGAAAAAAUCCUAA